GGGAGACUUUUAGGCUGUGUCCCGUAUUUGGAAUAAGCAAGGCUAGAAUACAGUUUCCCUCUUGACGUGAAACGAGCUCCUCCGUAACCUUCAACGAAAAAUUAAGAAGAAGGGCCCCGCAUUAUUUUCCCGUCGGCGGCUGAACUAACUCACAAAACGAGCCGUCGUUUUUCGGGAACUGCGAAGAAACUGAGCGCAGACCUUUCUGUUUCUGGACGAAAAAGAAUUGGGAUUUAAACCACAUUUCUGCCAGCAGUGAGUGAGAUACUAAGGUGGACCCGAGGGAGGACAAACAAGAAAAACAUUUUUUUUCCCCGAAAGGCGUGGAAUCCUUUUUGUUUUAAAAUCAUGGAAAAAAAAGAGGAAUGAUGGCAUUUUUCGGGAGCGGAGAAAAGUAAGAUUAGCUUGCGGGGCUAGCGGGGCUAACUAGGAUCACCUUUGCACCGACCCGGGGCUUGCCGGGGCUCUGGAGCUCUGCACAUCCGCAGAUCUGCCUCCCUUUCCAGCUUUUCCUGCAGAAUGGAGCCCCUAACACAUAUGUGGGUCUGUUGAGACACAUUGACUCGCUUGUUUCCUAUUUAAACCAGAAUCAGAGGAGAAACUGUCUCCUUCUGCAGCCUGUGCCUGUGUGGGAUAUGUAUUAACAAAAAAAAAUGGGGAAGUGUUAACACACCCUUGCCCAUCUCCUAAUAUGUUGCAUCGAUUUUAAUGCAGAAUUUCCCCCCUCAAGCACAAAGUUUGAUUGCCCUGAAGGUGAGAAGAACUUCUUCUUUUAUUAUUAUUGCUGGCUCUUGCCCUCUGACUCCAUCCGUCAUCAUUACUACUUCGGAAUAAAACAUGUCUGGAGAGGUGCGUUUGAAGAAGCUGGAGAAGCUGCUCCUGGACGGGCCGGCUCACUCCAACGGCCAGUGUCUGAGUGUGGAGACCCUGCUGGAUAUCCUGGUGUGUCUCUACGAUGAGUGCAACAACUCCCCGCUCAGGAGGGAGAAAAAUGUCCUGGAGUUUUUGGAUUGGGCCAAACCCUUCACCUCCAAAGUGAAGCAGAUGCGCUUGCACAAGGAAGACUUUGAGAUACUUAAGGUGAUUGGAAGAGGAGCGUUUGGAGAGGUUGCUGUGGUAAAAGUGAAAAACACUGACAAGGUAUUCGCCAUGAAGAUUCUCAACAAGUGGGAGAUGUUGAAGCGAGCAGAGACGGCGUGUUUUCGGGAGGAGCGGGAUGUGUUGGUGAACGGACACUGCCAGUGGAUCACCACCCUGCACUAUGCCUUUCAGGACGACAAUAAUCUGUACCUGGUCAUGGACUACUAUGUGGGUGGCGACCUGCUGACUCUGCUCAGCAAGUUUGAAGACCGUUUGCCAGAAGAUAUGGCCAAGUUCUACCUGGCUGAAAUGGUGCUGGCCAUCGACUCGGUUCACCAGCUUCACUACGUCCACAGGGACAUUAAGCCAGACAACAUUCUGCUGGAUAUGAACGGCCACAUCCGCCUGGCCGACUUCGGCUCCUGCCUCAAACUCAUGGAGGAUGGGACUGUCCAGUCCUCGGUGGCGGUAGGAACUCCAGACUACAUUUCCCCGGAGAUCCUCCAGGCCAUGGAGGACGGAAAAGGCAAAUACGGACCCGAGUGCGACUGGUGGUCUCUGGGCGUCUGCAUGUAUGAAAUGCUGUACGGCGAGACGCCGUUCUACGCAGAGUCCCUGGUGGAGACCUACGGGAAAAUCAUGAACCACAAGGAGCGAUUCCAGUUCCCUCAGCAGAUAACAGAUGUGUCGGAGGAAGCCAAGGAUCUGAUUCGCCGGCUCAUCUGCAGUCGAGAGCACAGACUGGGCCAAAACGGCAUCGAGGACUUCAAGGACCAUCCUUUUUUCUCCGGCAUCGAUUGGGAGAACAUUCUGACAUGUGAAGCUCCUUACAUCCCAGAAGUCAGCAGUCCCACAGAUACGUCCAACUUUGACGUCGAUGACGACUGUCUGAAGAACUCGGAGACGAUGCCUCCUCCCUCUCACACGACCUUCUCUGGUCACCACCUGCCCUUCGUCGGCUUCACUUACACGAGUAAAUGUAAUUUUUCUGACCGGGGCUGCCUGCGACAGCUAGCAGGGGAUCCGGGUAAGACGGGACAGGACGUGGUGGACCUGGACGUCAAGCGCAGCCUGGAGGACAGUCUGGCCACCGAGGCGUACGAGAGGAGGAUACGCCGCCUGGAGCAGGAGAAGCUGGAGCUGAGCCGCAAACUGCACGAGUCGACCCAGACAGUGCAGGCGCUGCAGCACCCGACGGGCGAGGCGCCGCUCGGCGCCAACAGGGAGGUGGAGAUCCGGAGCCUGAAGAGCGAGAUCGACAUCCUCAAGAAGCAGAUCUCCGACUCGGGGCAGCUGGAGAAACAGCUGGAGGACGUGACGUCAGCUCGCAGAGACCUGGAGGAUUCAUCCAAACAGAUCAAGAACAUGGAGAAGCAGAUGAAGGGCCUCUCGCAGGAGAGGGACGACCUACAGAGGGACCUGGUGGAGGCCAGCGAGAAGCUGAAGUCUCAGUCCAAAGACCUGAAGGAGGCCCACAGUCAGAGGAAACUGGCCAUGCAGGAGUUUUCUGAGCUCAACGAGAGACUCACAGACCUCAGGUCUGCGAAGCAGCGUCUGGUGCGGCAGCUGCGCGACAAGGAGGAGGAGAUGGACAGCCAGAAUCAGAAAGUUGAGGCUCUCCGCCUUGAGGUGCGAAAGGCUGAGAGAGCCAAGAAGGAGAUGGAGAUGCAGGCGGAGGAGCAGACGGCAGAGGCUCAGAAAGAGAAGAAGCUCCGGGAGCGUAACGAGCAGCACAGCCGACAGCUGAAGGAGGAGCUGGAAGGACUCAAGCUGAAGCAGGCCGGCUCGUCCUCCGGCCCCGCCUCGGCGGACCAGAGCCAGGAGGUGGGCCGCCUACGGGGAGAAAUGGAGAAGAAGACGCUGUUGUACGAGGAGGAGUUGGGACGCAGGGAGGCGCAGCACAGCAACGAGCUGAAGGCUCUGAGGAAGGAGCUGCGGGACGCCGAGAGCCAGCAGCUCAAUCUGCAGAAGGAGAUCCUGAUGCUCAAGGACAAACUGGACAAAACGCGCCGGGAGAGUGAUGAUUCUGCAAGCCAAAAUGAGCGGGAAGAGUUUGAGACGGAGUACAAGCAGAAGUACGAGAGAGAGAGAGUCCUGCUGACGGAGGAGAACAAGAAGCUCUCCAGUGAACUGGACAAGCUGACCGGCAUGUUUGAGAAGAUGAGCGGCUCCAACCGGCAGCUGGAGGAGGAGUUGAGGGAGCUGGCCGACAAGAAGGAGAGCGUCGCCCACUGGGAGGCCCAGAUCACCGAAAUCAUCCAGUGGGUGAGCGACGAGAAGGACGCCCGGGGAUACCUGCAGGCUCUGGCCACCAAGAUGACGGAGGAGCUGGAGGGGCUGAGAAACACCAGCCUGGGAGCGAGAGCCACGGACAUGCCGUGGAAGAUGCGACGCUUCGCCAAGCUGGACAUGUCGGCCCGCCUGGAGCUGCAGUCGGCCCUGGACGCUGAAAUCCGAGCCAAGCAGAGCAUCCAGGACGAGCUGAACAAAGUCAAGGCCAACAACAUCUCCACAGAAUGCAAACUGCAGGAUUCUGAGAGCAAAAACCAGGAGCUGCUGAGUGAGAUGGAGCGGCUGAAGAAGGAGAUCGAGGAGCUGCGGCUUCGACGAGGUGUCAAGCACCAGGAUUCCCAGAAUUCCUUCCUGGCUUUUCUCAACGCCCCCACCUCAGCCCUCGACCAGUUCGAUGACUCUUACUCUUCAUCCUCAUCUUCUUUAAUUGAGUUUUGGGAAGAUCGCUCGCCAUCCGUUGGCCCGGCUAGCAAAGGCAGACGUGUGGACUCCAUGGACAACUUCACCCCCUCCAACACUCCGUCUCGAGACGACGAGCCCAAGUCCCACCUCAAGUCCGGCUCGCGUUCCCCCUCCGUGGCCAGCGACAUCGAGUUGAUAGACCACCCGCCGCGCUCGAUCCAGACCCCCACCAUGCGCUCCGGAGGCUACGGCAGCAUCGGACGCUCCUCACCCAAGCCUAAAGCUCACCAGUUCGUGGUGACGUCCUUCAACACGCCCACCAAGUGCAACCAGUGCACGUCCCUGAUGGUGGGGCUCAUGCGGCAGGGCUGCACCUGCGAAGUGUGUAACUUCUCCUGCCACGUGACGUGUGCGGACAAGGCUCCGGCGGUGUGUCCCGUCCCGCAGGACCAGACCAAGGGCCCGCUGGGCAUCGACCCCCAGCGGGGCAUCGGGACGGCCUACGAGGGCCACGUCCGGGUGCCCAAGCCGACCGGGGUGAAGAAGGGCUGGCAGCGGGCGACGGCCGUGGUCUGUGACUUCAAGCUGUUCCUGUACGAGCUGGGCGAGGGGAAGGCGCCGCAGCCGAGCACCGUCGUCAGCCAAGUCAUAGACAUGAGGGAUGAAGAGUUUUCUGUGAGUUCGGUCCUGGCCUCCGACGUCAUCCACGCCAGCCGCAAGGACAUCCCCUGUAUAUUCAGAGUGACGGCGUCCCACCUCUCCGCCUCCAGCAGCCACAAGACCUCCAUCCUGAUCCUGGCCGACAGCGACCAGGAGCGGAACAAGUGGGUGGGCGUGCUGAACGAGCUGCACCGCAUCCUGAAGAGGAACAAGCUGAAGGAGCGCUUCGUCUACGUGCCCAAGGAGGCGUACGACUGCACGCUGCCGCUGAUCAAGACCACGCUGUCCGCCGCCAUCAUCGAUCACGAGCGCGUGGCCCUGGGGAACGAGGAAGGCCUCUUCGUCGUCCACGUCACCAAAGACGAAAUCAUCCGGGUGGGCGACAACAAGAAGGUCCACCAGCUGGACCUGAUCCCGCAGGAGCAGCUGCUGGCCGUCAUCUCGGGCCGGAACCGCCACGUCCGCCUCAUCCCCACUCACGCGCUGGACGGCCGCGAGGCCGACUCCCACAAGCUGGCCGAGACCAAGAACAGCCAGACGUUCGUGUCCGGCACGGUCCGGAACGGCUCGCUCACCUGCCUGUGCGUGGCCACGCCCAAGAACAAGAUCCUGUGCUUCGAGAUCAACAAGGGUAAAGGCCGCCACCGUUUACUGCGGGAGCUGGGCGCCCCGGCGAGCGUGCAGUGGAUGGGUCUGCUCAGCGAGCGGCUCUACGUGGGCUUCCAGUCGGGCUUCAUGCGCUACAGCGUCCACGGCGACACGUCCCCGGUGAGCCUGCUGCACCACGAGGACCACACCCUGGCCUUCAUCCCGCAGCAGAACCUCAGCGCGCUGUGCGCCGUGGAGAUCUCCAGCAAGGAGCUGCUGCUGUGCUUCAGCAUGAUCGGCGUGUACGUGGACUCGCACGGCCGCCGCUCGCGCCAGCAGGAGCUCAUGUGGCCGGCCACGCCCACCGCCGCAUGCUACAACGCCCCCUACCUGUCGGUGUACAGCGAGAACGCCGUGGACGUGUUCGACGUCAACACCAUGGAGUGGAUCCAGACCAUCCCGCUCAAGAAGGUCCGGCCUCUGAACGUGGACGGAUCUCUGAACCUGCUGGGGCUAGAAACCGUGCGCCUCAUCUACUUCAGGAACAAGACGGCAGAGGGAGACGAGCUGGUCGUCCCGGAGACGUCGGACAACAGCAGGAAGCAGAUGGUGCGCAGCAUGAACAACAAGAGACGCUUCUCCUUCAGGGUUCCUGAGGAAGAGCGGCUGCAGCAGAGGAGAGAGAUGCUGCGAGAUCCGGAGAUGAGGAACAAGCUGAUCUCCAACCCCACAAACUUCAACCACGUGGCCCACAUGGGACCAGGAGACGGGAUCCAGAUCCUGAAGGACCUGCCCAUGAACGUCCGUGUUCAGGAGAGCCGUGCGGGAUUCAGCGGGUCGGUCAGCAUCCCGUCCAUCACCAAGAACCGCGGCGAGCCGGGCCGCUCCAUGAGCGCCAGCAGCGGACUGGGCAUACGCUCGUCCUCCCAGAACGGCAGCGCGCUGCGCCGGGAGCUGUCGGGCGGCAGCUACGGGUCCAAGCGCCAGACCAUGACGUCUCCCUCCGAGAGCUCCCUGUCCUCCGGAGGGGGCAUGGACUGCGGCGACGCUCCGCUGUCCCAGUUCGACAGAGAGUGGCAGGCGGUCUCCCCGUCGGAGAAGACCCCCGACCUGAAAAGGGCCUUAAGGACCCUGCUUAGUAAGAUGAAGGACUCGGACUCCCCCCGUCACUCCACGGCCUCCAACAGCUCCACGUUCAGCAGCCCCCCCAGCCCGGCGUCUCCUCACAAGGCCAAGUCUCUGUCCCUGGAGAGCACAGACAGGACGGGGUGGGACACAUGAGCCCCCCCCCAUCCACCUCUCGCCCAUCCAGCCCAACAGCACAGGACUUCAAACCCUCCUCUCCCCCCCCCUCCCUCCCUCCCAGCCCCGUUUAUGUCUCAGCGUUCCUCCACGACGAGGCGGGUCAGAGUCCGGGGGUCGUGCAG